GUAUGUUGCAUUGUACAUUCACUGGAAUUGAAGGAAGUGACACAUUUGUCACUUUGUACAAUGCUGACUCAUCUGUCACAAAUCCUUCCAGCUUUCAAUUCUCAUGCAUGGUGUAUACAGCUAGUGGAAGCACUGUGUCAGCAACUAUUAAUCCAGAGGAGUGUAUAACAGGACAAACGUCGACAUCCUUAACGUCAAUGUAUGGAAAGACCGUGACAUAUACGGCUUUAUCCUCUUGUUCUCCUUCAAAUCCAGACGAUUCAGAAAACAAUUUUACUUGGCUUUAUAUCCUUCUAGGCGUCUUUGUAUUCAUUGUCCUCAUUUUGAUCAUCUUUUUCUUCAUCAAAGGUGGAUUCAAGAAAAAAGGACAAGUGCUUCCCAACAAAAACGAAGAUAUUAUCAUUUCUAAACCACCUAUAAGAUAUAUCUUCAGGUGAUUUGGAUUUUAAAGUCUCGAAUUGAUAUUUUAGAUGUAGAUCUUAUUAAAGAUGAAUCUUUUAAAUAGAGCUAAUACUGUAUUAUUUUUUCCUAUGAUGAAUGUUAAAACUAUGUUGAUUUUUUUCUUAAAUACGCUAUACAUUGUCCUAAAUGACGACUUUUUUUCUUUUCAUACUUUUACGUACAAAUUC